CCAGCAACGAUCUUUACGAGCGACCGACGCGCAGAAUUAUAGAUGACACCGAACAGAAAAACGGUGUUGCAGCUCGAGAAUUCGAUAGGGGACGUGUCGUGGCUCCUGCGGGUAUCGGCCUCCUCUGAUAAUCGGGACGAUGAGUACCUGGGUCUUCCUCCAAUUGCGGCGAACGAACCCAUAUUAUGUCUUAUAUGGGAACAGGUUGCGAUUCUUAAUGCGGGUUCGAUGGAGGAACGAUCGGAUGCUGCGUCGUCUCUGGUUUCUCUGGCUCGCGACAAUGACCGCUACGGUAAGCUGAUAAUUGAGGAAGGUGGGGUUCCUCCUUUGUUGAAAUUGGCUAAAGAAGGAAAAAUGGAGGGUCAGGAAAACUCGGCGAGAGCCAUUGGAUUGCUGGGGAGAGACCCAGAAAGUGUGGAACAGAUUGUGAACGCAGGUGUUUGCUCAGUGUUUGCGAAAAUCCUCAAAGAAGGUCACAUGAAGGUACAGGCUAUGGUGGCUUGGGCAGUAUCCGAAUUGGCCGCGCACCACCCCAAAUGUCAGGACCAUUUUAUGAACAACAACGUAAUCCGAUUUCUCGUCAGCCAUCUCGCUUUCGAGACCGUCCAAGAACACAGUAAAUAUACAAUUGCAAGCAAGCAAUCGGUUUCUUCCAUCCAUUCUGCUCUUGUAGCUAGCAAUGCUCCGCGGCAGAACACCAAAAAUGAUCAUCAUGACGACCAGCACGGUCAAAUUGCUCACCCACCAGGGCACCAACCUCCUAGCCAUAUGCACAAUGUUGUUACUAAUACAGUGGGUGUCAGAAGCCAUACUCCUGGAAGUUCGACUUCGAAGCAAGCGCAGUCAACACAAUCACAAAACCAUGCUAACCAUUCCCAGAGCAAUCACCAGAAUUCGAAGCAGCAUCACCACGGUCAUCAUCCACAUGCUUCACUAUCUGGGACAAGCAUUAAAGGGAGGGAAUUUGAAGAUCCUGCUACUAAGGCACACAUGAAGGCAAUGGCAGCAAGAGCGCUAUGGCAACUUUGCAAAGGGAAUCUCAGUAUAUGUUGCAGCAUAACGGAGUCAAGAGCACUCUUGUCCUUUGCAGUUUUGUUAGAGAAGGGCCCAGAUGAAGUCCAGUCGUAUUCAGCCAUGGCAUUGAUGGAAAUCACAGCUAUAUCAGAGCAGCAUACUGAGUUGAGGCGCUCUGCUUUCAAACCUACUUCCCCGGCUGCCAAAGCUGUGGUGGAUCAAUUGCUCAAAAUAAUAGAAAAGGCUGACUCAGACCUCCUGAUUCCCUGCAUCAAAUCUAUUGGGAACUUAGCCAGGACUUUCCGGGCAACUGAAACUAGGAUAAUUGGACCAUUGGUGAAACUACUUGACGAAAGGGAGGCAGAGGUUACCAUAGAGGCCGCAAUUGCACUAAACAAGUUUGCCUGCCCUGAAAAUUUCCUCAAUGUUAAUCACUCAAAAGCCAUUAUCAAUGCGGGUGGCGCAAAGCACUUGAUUCAGCUGGUUUACUUCGGCGAGCAAAUGGUCCAGCGCCCUUCUUUGACCCUCCUAUGUUACAUUACACAAAAUGUUCCAGACAGUGAGACUCUUGCACAGGAAGACGUGCUUAUUGUCCUCGAAUGGUCAUCAAAGCAAGCCCAUCUGAUGGAAGAUCACACAAUCGAAUCUGUAUUAGCUGAAGCCAAAAGUAGAUUGGAGCUCUAUCAGUCAAGGAGCACAAGGGGAUUCCAUUAACCCCAUCUUCAUCCUAUACCAGAUUGUCUUUUGUCAGUCUCUUAAAUUUUGUAAUUAAGUUACCUUAAUGUUAGAUUUAAAUCUUAGAUAUGAUAUUAUUGUAAUUAAGAUAGAUUCAGGAUUUCUCAGUUAGUAAAUUAUCUAAACCUUU